AUGGCUCCUCAAAUCUGCCGCAAGGGCCCAGGCGCCAAGAUGACUAUGACCACCAAAGCCAACAUCCGUGUUCAGGGAAAAGCCGGCAUUCAGAAGCCCACUGCUUCCAAAGUCACCAAGAACAAAAAGGCUGCCGAGGCCGGUUCGAAGAAAAACAAGUCUGACACCUUCCACCCUUUCGGAACCAGGCUUCCCCGCGAGCUCGCAGCCAUGAUCAUCGAGGAGGCGGCCGACUGCGGUCCUGCCAUUGCUUACGCUGAUUGCAAGAUGGACAAGAACAACUCUCUGGGACUCGUUUUGACCAACGGAAAAGAUGGCAGCGGAUCCAAGUUCAAGGAGUUGAUCCGUCUGGCCAAGCUGCUCCCCGACUUCCGGUCCAUCAUUGAGCGCCGCUUUGGACAGCCCUUGGACGAGAAGGUCGCGAGGAAUCCGAGACUCGGUAUCCGCAAGGAGAAAGACCUGAUGGUCUUCAAUUUCGAGAAGAAUAAUGAACGUGGGAUUCACUUAUGGAACUGGAUGACUAUGGAAAUUUCAAACAGUCGCCCCGAGCUCGCUCCGGGUAUUCGCAACGUGGGCGUUCGGUUCAACCACACCAAAUGUGAUGGUAUUGCCAUCUGCUACGGUUGCGCAGCUUGUCUCAAGGUCAUUUCCGGGAAGAUGACCUGCGCGUUGAUGCUUGCCUCCUUCUGCAAGAAUCUGUCUGACGCCGACAACAUCUUCAUUCUUGUCCUCUUGAGUGGCACAGAUGUUGUGGGUAACAACGUCAACAAGCACGCGAGCCUGAUGAAGGCUCUGAUUGCCGACUCCAAGACUAUCCACGGCCACGCUUCCUUUGAGGACGCCAAUCGAACGUGGGCCGAAGUGAGUCGGCGCACCCCUCGUGCCCAUCUGAAGCAGAUUGAGCCUCAUGUUCUUCAACCCAUUUUCUCUCUCUGCCGGGCAGCUCAGAGGAUCAAUGCCAACCGAGUCUCACGCAUCGUUGGCGCUGAAGCACGUCGACGCGUGCGCUUUCGCAUCCUUGUUGGCUCUCGCUGGAAGGAUGCUUCACUGAAGAUCUGAUUUCACCAAAGGUCGCAUCGUGCACGACACUUUCCCAAGAUUAGGCUUUUAGGGACAUAGCAAGUUUGGAGUAUGGAGAAAGGGGCAUGAGGAUCCGGUUCGGUGGUUUGAGAAAUAACGAUUACUUUCCCAGGGAAAUGAAUGAUUUCGCAUGGAAAGGGGACUCCGAAGGGCUUGGGAUUCAGAUGCACAAGUGCAUCUUCCGAGGUUGAUAUGCCCAUAUAGAUGAGUUCCCUUCCAUAAU